AUGAAAUCUUUGAGUAGUGUAGGACUUGGUUUGAGUAUAGUUUUUGCUUGCCUUUUAUUGGCUCUUGUUGCUGAGCUUUACUAUUUGCUAUGGUGGAAGAGAAGGAAUAGUCAAGAGCUGUGUUCUUCAGUAAGAAUCACAGAUACACUUGUGCAUCAUGAGCAAGAAUCUCAGCUCAACAUUAAUACAAGCAAAGAUUUAUUGCUCAGGCCCUUCAGUGAUGAUAAUGUGGAGACAGAGCUCAUUAGGCUGCAUAGUCUCUCAGGUCCACCGAGAUUUCUCUUUACAAUUGUUGAAGAAACAAAGGAGGAUUUAGAGUCUGAAGAUGGCAGGUCUAAAGGUGAUAACAAGAGUGCAAUUGCAUCAGGAAGUAGAAGCUUGAGUGAUUUGCUUCUUACUGUAGAGACUCCAUAUCUAACCCCUCUUGCUUCUCCGCCUUUUUUCACACCUCCUCUUACUCCUAGCUAUAACCAGAUUGGAUUCAAUCAUUUAUUUGAAUCAUCGAAAGAUGCAGAGUUCAACAAGAUAAGGUCAUCACCACCUCCAAAAUUCAAGUUCUUACAGGAUGCGGAGGAGAAACUAUAUAGAAAGAAAUUGAUGCAAGAAGCUGAGGAGAAGGUCCCAAGGAAUGAUGUUUUUUCUCAAGAUUACACUAACAGAUCUGCUAGUUCCGAUUUUCUAAAAGAUGAGGAUGAUGGGCCUUUUAUCACCAUCAUUGUUGAUAGGAACAAAGAAAGAGAGCUUAAUGAACAAAAUCACCAGCUAGCACACCACCAUUCAAGCACUUCACAGGUACUUCCUCUUGCUGCUUCACCUUCAACAUCAAAACCAGCAGCUAAGAAAAGUUCCUUCUUUCAGUAG